AUGCGGCCCUCACCCCAUUUCCUAGCCGCGGUCGCCCGCAGCCAGCCUUCCAAGCUGAAGAAGCCUGCCAUCGGUCUAGACCAUUUUAUCCAAAGACAGCGGGUGUUAUCAUUAUGGCGGGAGAUCGUACGAGCAUUAAUAAAAAUUCCUCCGUCAUCAACGAGGACUGAGCUGCACAGAUACGCGCGCGAUGAGUUUGAGCGCCAGCGCGGGGUAUCAGAUUUGCAACACAUAAGAUACUUGCUUUCGACCGGCAAAGCAGAAUUUGAGACUAUGAGACGCUAUAUCGACGAACAGAUCGCUGGUUGA